AUGCAUCAGAUGAUUCUUGAGGUUUGCAAACCGCUUGCGGAGGAUAUCGCGGAGUUAUUGACGACUGGGGCGUGUGCCCUGUCCCGUGGGGGCCCUGUAGGCCCGCGUGAGCUGCAGCAGAUGGCCCUGACCUCGCGAAACGCCUCCCAUUAUAGCGCUGCGGGUUUUUUUUCUGCCGGGCCACACCUGCCGAGGUUGCGCGAGAUGAAGUUGACGUUUCAAUGGACCGUGUGGCACAAUGACAUGGUUGCCGGGACUCCACUGCGUGAGUAUCCCCGUGCUCUGCAGGUACUGUUGUCGGGCAUGCUGCGUGUGCUCACGCCAGGUCUGCCCACGAAAGGGGAGAGAGUGAAGGGAACUUGCGCCGUUGCUUCUACCAAUCCUCACCAUGACAACUUCCGCAGAGUCUCAGAGGGUAGCGGCGUUGUUCCCUUAAACCAGCAUUUGCCCUGUGCACUGAUGGAGUUGUGGAUGCCGCUGCCCGAUUUAUCCUGGAUGUGCGUUUCGCGACGACAUCAUCACGUGGGUGGAGUGGUGUUUUACGGCUCUGCUUCAUUGAAGAGCUGCUUCGAGGCCGCAUCCGAGUUGUUUGAGUACAUGCCUUGCUUGCUAUGA